GAGCGCAUCAAUUGAGAGGCUCGACAGAGCACAGAAAUUAUCAACCCUCGGAAACAUUCGGCUUCUUUAACAAUGGGAAAACACCAGUUAAGGAUGGAUUAUCGUCGGAUUUUUUUGCCUUUGGAAUUUUCUUAUGUAUAAAGUUAGGAUAUCUGAGAGAAUCAUCCAAAUUUACUGACAAUUUCGUGUAGAAAUCAGUCUCUUUCAAAUCUACCAAUAUCAUUUCCCAAUAUCCGGAGGGUUCUCUCACCCAUACUCGGCGAGGACAGUGAGCAAAAUAUUCGGUCGCCAUUUUGGGAAAGAUAGAACAUCAUCCAGAAUUUAGAGUCUAAAUCUGCCCUCCAGUAUGGAGGCCGAGACUAAAAUCAUCUAUCAUAUAGAUGACGAGGACACCCCGUAUUUAAUCAAACUUUCUGUUCCCGCUGAUCGGGUCACUUUAGGGGAUUUUAAGAAUGCCUUGAAUCGGCCAAAUUAUAAAUUCUUUUUCAAGUCGAUGGAUGAUGAUUUUGGAGUGGUAAAAGAAGAAAUCGUUGAUGAUGAAACACAUUUGCCAUGUUUUAAUGGGAGAGUCGUCUCAUGGUUGGUGCCAGCUGAGAGCAGCGCGUCAGAUACUCAAUCACAAUGUACAGAAUCACAAACAGGUGAUAUCCAAUUACCCACCGAACGGGUGGGCGGAAUUGGGGAUAGUCGGCCGCCAUCAUUUCACGCAAAUGCAGGUCCUGGUAGUCGAGAGUUAGAAAAUGAACCCUGUGACACAUGUACAGAAACAGAAUCGGUUAUUAGUUCGCGAAGAGAUCGGCACAGUCAUCGAGGAGGUCGACCGACCCAUAAAGACAGAUUUCAUUCAGAUGGGCCAAAAGUCAACGGUCACAGCCGACUGGACCGUCUGCGAGAGCGGGGCCAUUUUGACACAUCAUCUUCAGUUCUAACGAGUGAUAUUGAGACAACGAGUUUUUUCGACUCUGAGGAUGACACAUCAAGCAGAUUUUCCACUGCCACAGAACAAACUAGGUCUUCUAAAUAUGGUCGCCAUCGAAGGCGGAGAAGACGGCACAGACUGCCACCUAUUAGCCGGGCGUCCUCAUUUAGUAGCAUAACAGAUUCAACUAUGUCACUUAACAUUAUCACUGUCACAGUCAAUUUAGAUACAGUAAACUUCCUCGGAAUCAGCAUAGUUGGCCAAAGUAACAAGGGCGGGGAUGGUGGGAUUUAUGUGGGGUCUAUUAUGAAAGGUGGUGCUAUAGCUCAAGAUGGGAGAAUCGAACCAGGAGAUAUGAUCCUGGAGGUGAAUGGGAUAAGUUUUGAAAAUAUGAGUAAUGAUGAUGCGGUACGGACACUGAGGGAAGCUGUACAAAAACCUGGUCCAAUCACUCUAGUAGUUGCCAAAUGUUGGGACCCAAAUCCCAAAGGAUACUUCACAAUUCCUCGACAAGAACCAGUACGGCCAAUCGACCCCUCGGCGUGGGUUGCCCACACGACGGCGAUGCGUGCUGGCAUGCCAGUGGCCCCUGGUGGCAACCCUAUGACCCAAUCAUUAAGCACUAUGACCUCAACAAGUUCAUCGAUAACUAGCUCAAUACCAGAAUCAGAAAAAGAUCAGCAGAAAAUGCCAACUUCAGAUGUAUUGACAAGAGGACUUGAGAUUCUUUGGUACGACGAGCAAACACAGAUGAACUUGUCAAUCAAUAUGGACAUGGUGACAAUCGUGAAGGCCAUGGCACAACCAGAUUCUGGACUAGAAAUAAGGGACAGGAUGUGGCUAAAAAUUACUAUACCAAAUGCAUUUAUAGGUUCUGAUUUAGUGGACUGGUUGUUCACCCACGUGGAAGGCUUUGCUGAUCGUCGUGAUGCUAGGAAAUAUGCGUGUAAUUUAUUAAAAGCUGGCUUUAUUCGGCAUACGGUCAAUAAGAUCACAUUUUCUGAACAGUGCUACUAUGUGUUCGGCGACCUAUGCGGAAGUAAGUACCCAGAUAUGUCCUCGCUAAGUCUCGAAGACGUAGACUCCGUAUCGGAAGCGGACCGAGACACACUUGCACCCCUACCACCGCCCGCUUGGAACAACCAGUACAUUAGUAACUAUAGUAGCUAUGCAUCUAUGCCGUAUAAUUACACGAAUGACACUGUUAGUUAUGGGAGCGUGCCGCCGAGAGACGGGAGUGCUGGGAGCGUCCAUUCUGGAUCAGUGGCAGUUAACACAUGCGCUUGCAUCGUUAACAACACAUAUAAACAUAUACGCCGCCUAUGGGAGAACAAGGACAAACAAAAGGCCAUUAAAAACAAUAUGUCUACUGCCACUGGUGGUGCCCCCACUACCCGGGGGUCGGACAACAUAUCUUUAGCCAGCACGAGUAGUUCUAGAGGAAGUAGCGCCUCGGGCAGCAGUGGGAAAAGGAAAGGAGAAAAAGACAAAAUGGAGAGAAAAUCAGCCAGCCCGGGCGGCAGCGGGAGUGACACAGAAACCGCUUCAUUGGCCAGUGUGCAGCGGGCGCCGCCUGUGACGAUAAGCGAAAAACCUUCAGGGCCUAUACCAGUUGCCCCGCCGGUGUGCCCCACGGUGCCUGCUCCCCCGACUGCCCCACCGCCCCCUGGCGACCUGGCCAACGUACCGGAGGAUCUCAGUGGCAGCCGACAGUCCUUUCGAAUGGCCAUGGGCAACCCUUAGCAUGUUAACCCCACGGACGCUCGCUCAUGUGUACAGUACGUAACCAUGGUAACGGAUGCGACCUUGAAGAGUGACCUUGAUGCUUCUGCUCUCCUUUAACACAAUCUGCUGUUAACGCUCAUUCAGAAGACGCUAUGCUGGGACACCGUGGGAAGUGCACCGUGUAGGAUCUACUCCGUUCUCCUUAUCACUUGUCGAGAAUGGAUGCUCAUGUAUACUGAUAGGGGGCACCAGGCAGCGUCGAGGACUGCUUGCCAUCUAGAAAAGCACUUAAUGCAAUCUACAAUCAUGUGACUUGCCAGUGAUUCAAGCCAAAGAAAUUAAGUUGGAAGUUUGACUCAUAAAAGCUUUAACACAACACUGAUCAAAACUGUGAAAGUGGUGGAUUUGAGAAUUUUUGCCCCCAAUGCUGUUGGGCCACAUAAUUCUUGAAAUUCUCUCCUCCAUGAAUGUUUCAACAAAUUCCUGAAAAUGGAUGAUUGCUUUUACCCUGUCGAUUUCAUAUCUUGAUUUCUUUGGCCUGAUUCUUGCCAAGUCACUUUUAGCUGUUACAACUUCACCUACUGCUUUCCAGCUUAAUAUGCUUUAUCUCUGCGCUUGUACAUUGUACAGGCCUCACCCGACUGCUGUAAUUCGGACAAGACUCACUCGGUGGAGCUACAAGCAGUGUUGAACGCUAUCAAUGUGAAACUGGACUUGUAAAAUUCAUCGGUAUUGGUAAACACAGAGGGAAACCUGGAUGUUCAUGCAGUUUUGUGGGAUGGACGGAUCACAGAACUUCGAUGUUGAUCUUGACAAUCGAUUGGAUGCAUACAGGAAAUGCUUUCAGUGAAACUUUGGCAAUAGCUUUCAAUAUUUUGCAAUAAGUUAAUAGGAGGUUACACGAUACUUGGUGUUUUCUAAAGCAAAAGAAAUUGUGCCAGUGGCUACCCUUAAGGCAUUCAGGGCUGGAAAAGUUGCUCCCUCUUAGGUUAGUUACCCCCAGCCCUCCUAAAAUUCUGUGAAUUAAGGUUUUGUUGUCACCCUGAAACUUGUGCAUUUGGGAACAAAAGACCUCGUACCAACUCUUUACAAGACUCUUCUGCUGGCUUUGAAUGGGUUUGGUGCUGAAAACUUAUAAGGCUUAUGAAAUAUUGCUAACCAUUACUGUUCAAUGUUAAGGAUCUGUUCUUCAACGACUUUGAUAAUGCUACGUGUAACUCUCUCUAGAAUUGAUCUUUGUCCUAAUGGGUAUACCAUCAAUCACUACAUGUAGGUAGACAACCGGUGUAUACCUCAAAUUCAUUAGUACUAGCAAUCAUUGCUGUGCGCUUCUGCAUCGUUGAAGCAUUUUGAAUUCACAGAGAUCAAACUUUGUCCAAGUGUGCCAUCUAUGGCUAAAGAGGCCACGCAGUGACGUCAUUUGGGCAUCCAUUUUGGACGUCAAUCCAUGUGGAGCUUAUUGACGUCGCUUGUAAAUUGUACCACAUGUGUAUGACGUCACUACACCUUGACUACUGUUACUGUUGAAGUGCACCUUGUGGGUCAGUAAAGCAACUUCGACAUCCAAAAUAGGGACGUUUUGUGUGCAGACGUCACCUGCACCUCUAUGGAUAUGAAUUGGAUUCACCUCUCAAAAGCUGGGGGUGUUUACUAAUUGGUAUCUGGAAGGCUAGUAGCAUUUAGAAGAAAUAAAAAAAUAAGGGUAAUACUUGAGCGUUUUAGUUUUGUCCUAGGUAAAGUAGCUGUGGACGAGAAGUAUGUAUUUUGUUUAUUUAUUGAUUCUCGGCAGAUGUAAAUGGGAUGUAAUGUAUUUCUAAGUCAGAUGGAAAUUGGAUGGUUUCCAUGGAAAUGAAAGGUUUGAGGUUUCCACGGAAACUGGAGAGAAACACUGGUGGUUUCUUCGGAAACUGGAAUAUUCCAGUGAACUGUGGCGACUUCCAGAUCAACUAGUACGUGUUUCCGUGCUCUGUUGUUGUUUGCAUAGGUCCAGAUUUAUCAUGGAAACUCAGAUAUUGGAGGGAGUCCAAAGAUUUCCAUGGACACCAUAGGUUUUGAAGCAGGAUGUCUUUGUUACUGAAGCAAUGGUCACUGGUUCUUGGGUGAGUUUGGCUCAAUGUACAUGCAGCCAGAGUUUAUUUCGCCUGAACAGAAAAAAAUCAAGAAACUUGUACAAGUACUACAGUACGAUCUGUACUGUACUGCAAACAGGACAAUUGUUGGAAUCCUGUGAAAAUCAUUUGUAUGAGUCUAAAUGUAGUUGAGGAAACUACUGAAAUAUCUUAGUGAUAUUUCAUGGAAGAUCUAGCUCUGCAAAAAGUUCCAAACAAUAAAGCUGAUGUAGAGUUGUUUUGUCUAGUUGAGGUGAAUUGGGAAAGACGCUUGUAUAAUGAUCUUGGGAGGGGGCCUGCAACAGAGAAUAUAUUUUGUGUAGCCUGUUUAGAAUAUUUUGGAUUACUUGUGAUGCUUUUUAGUGGUAUUUAUUAUUAAAAUGUGGGUUCUUUUGAUUUUGCUGGGUCAUUUAGAUCAACUUCACUGAGGUGUCAAGUAACCAGGAAAUAUAAAAUGGCAAGAAAUAUGCCAAAAUUAUGACAAGUAGUAAUUAUUGUAAUGGUAGCGAAGAAAGAAAGCUUGUCUUGAUUCUUUGAAGUGGCUACCACAAUGCAGUUCUAAUGCCAUUUAAGUGUUAUACCAGAUAUGAAAAGCGGCUCCUGACAGGGCAGUAGUACCUGGAAGUUUGUUAAAUUUCUCAGUUUUAACACUUUUGAUGGAAGAGAGCAGGAUACACUAAUGACAAUUCAACAAAAAAACCCAGCAAAUUGUUCAUUGCACGAAAGCUUGUGUGUCGAGGAGUCGUUUAAAGUACAUGUACAGCAGUAUUUCUUAUUCUAUCUUUAAAAAUGAACCAAUUUAGUUCUUGAAAUGAAAUUCUUAGUAAAUUCUGAAGUGAUCUUUCUUACCCUUUUGUGUAUUAUGUUCCCAGUUGUUACUUUUGAAUUCCGGCAUCAGGGGUAAAUAAUGGACAAUGCUUCUUGUACAAAUUCUAUAAAUAUAAUUUUAUUGUAUAUACAUGGUUGUAUUGUUUUAUACUAAGCGCAUGAUCAGUUGAAAGUCUGUCCAGAUAUUGCUCAUGUUUUCGAUAAUUUCGAAUGAUUAGGCCAUGAACUCAGAAAUUAAUCAAUUUACCAAAUUGGCUACGAUUUUGAGAGAGCAUUAUCUGCAAAGCAUGAAAUAGGCAACCCAACAAAGGCAACAUUUGAGAGUAAGGUAAGGUGGUACAAUUAUAGCUCCUACAGUGGCAGUUCAAAGUAAUGCACUAAGGUUAUAAUUGUACUCCUUGCCUUGUAUCUUGCAUUCAAAACUGCCGGCAAUACAACUUCAUUAUUGGACAGUCGAGCAUCAUUUGGUAGUAAAAAUGUUCUUGUGGAUGGGGAGACCCAGUCCAAUGAAAUUGUUCAAUGGGCAAUUCGAUAACCUCUGUAUGAUAAGAUUGACUCUUUCGUUUUAAACCAAGCAAGAAAGCCCAUCUCCACAUAAGCAUCUUACACCAUGUGUCGGACACAAGGCCUUGUCAUUGACACAAUGGCCACACUGCCGAUGGGGAAUUGACUCUUGUUUGGUACAUGGCAUGAAAUGCUUCUGUAGAGAUAGGACCAGACUUAUUUGAAUGUGAAACAAACUUAUGGUUGUGCUGAGGCCUGUUUAAGGAAUGAAUAGUGGAUUUUGCGCCGAGAUGAAAUGUUUUGUUGGACAGACGUAAGAUUAAGAACCAGUGGCCGCGUGCUUGUACUGUUGACUUGCCCAUUUUGCCAUGAUCACUAUGUAGGCGUGAAGUCAAACUUUAUAAUAAAUGUGUAUUUCAAAUUGAAA